AUGGCGAUUGCCGGCUCUAGUGCCCAGUUCACAUCGCCUAACGACCCCCUCUUCACAUUAGAAGAUGGCAAGCAGAUGAAUAGAGAGGAGUUCAUCGAGGACAUAAUGCAUGCAACCAAUACGUGUAUCAACAUCUGCCAAACACAUGGCGCUGUCAAUGAGCAUCAUGCUACUUGGAGGCGCAUGGGCGACAGUGUAUCCGCGCUCUACGCUGCGGGAAUCCACUGCGAGGCUUGCAACGUAGACGGUAGCAACGCAGAACCAUUCUUCAUGCGCGAGUUUAGGAGACGACUCUACGCGGCGAUAUAUUAUGGCGACAAGACACUAGCGGUGUUCUACGGAAGGCCUCCGAUGAUGGGCUGGAGAUACAGUGACCGCAAGAUGUUGUUAGAUAUUAGCGAUCGCGCUAUGGCCUCGGACGAUACUGAAGUACUCAAUGCUGAGCUCUCGAAGCUCGACAGCGACGGUUGGAAUACCGAAGGCCAUCUGUACCCUACUACUUUCGGUAGGAUGCGAUGCCAACUUGCUGUGUUUAAAGAGAGAUUGUUAGAGCAAAGUCUUGCAGGCGAAAAGGAUAGUGAAGUGGUGCGGAAUGUCGAAGCAAUCUCUGCCGAAUGUGCCGAAUGGUGGAACUCGUUACCGACUCACCUUCGCUAUGAUACAUAUACCGAAGAAGCCGCUUGGGUAGACCGCGGUCCUGGUCUGGCCAUGCGGCUGGUCGCCUACUACCUGGAUUACCUUCACGUACAUUUCCAAACGCAACGCCUCCUUCAUCGGAUAACGCAACAAGCCCUGCCAGCAUUGUUGGAAGUGUCUCUGAAGCUACUGGUGUCCUCACUCGUGGCUUCCAAGCCGCAAAACCGCAUAUACGAAACUCGUCGCCAUUUCCCCACUGUCAUUUUAUUCUACUGUUCCCCAGCUGCUGGUGUAUUGGCACUAGAGCUCCGGAGAUGUACGAUUGAGGGCGUACCACUACCUAGCACAGUCUCCCGGGCCGACAUUAUCCGUAACCUUUCCGUGCUGACUUCAUGUUUGGAAUGGAGCGUUCUUCCCGGCGACGGCAAUCUCAAGCUUUGCAACGAGCUCAACAAAAUGCUCGCACUGGUACUAGAUGAGGUCCUCAACUACGAACCUCCAACCAAAGGCACACCAGAUGCCGGUGACGAUACCGCAGCUAAUCUGACCGGGAUGGGGCAGGGAUUCUUCGAUAUGCCCAUGACCGAGGGGCUGGAACCUAUACCAACAGAGUCGUCCGACUUUCUGAACUGGCUAGACAACGCAACGUGGAAUAAUGCGGUAAGCUGA